GCGUCCCAUAUUAGCAUAAUACAUCCACCAUGGUUAGCAUCCACAGGGCAGAGCAUCCAUGGGGCAGAGCCGUGAAGUAAACAAACGGCCGCCAUCUCCUGUGAUGUUGACAGAUAUGGUACCCGUAUUAAAACAUUUUGACUAAAAAUCAGAUGUUUUUUCUGCAGAUAAGUUUUUUUCAGCCUGGUCAUUUUGGAGUCGUUGUUAGUUCUGCGUAUACUUCCGGAAUUUCACAGCUAACAGCUAAUCAAUGUAGCUGGGUUAGCUAAAUAACUAAAGAAAUGGGAAACCACACUGCUAAGCUACAUUUUGCCGAUGUUUACCACGAUUUAGCUACCCAUUCCCCGCUGAAAUAAAAGAGACUCCAGGCAACAAACUCUGAUGGUUAUGGAGAAUGAUGGACAACCUGACAGCAAAUAAGAGCCGCAUACCCUGUCAGUUGUGGGCGGAUCAGAAUAGCUGGUCCACAACUUUAACUCAAGGACCCCUCCUCAACCCACUGCCCAGCUCUCAGCAUCUCAGCCUGGGCUCAUCUUCUGACCAGAGACCCUCCUAUGACCACUUGCAGGCGUCCAAUCAGAGCUGUAUGAGCGACCUCAGCACCUUAUCAUCCAGAAACAACACUCAUCACUCUGCCCUGCACAAAGCCUCUCACAUUAGCAGCAAUCCGUCAUCCACCACGCUGUUUGCCAACACUGCUAUCCCGAGUGCCUCUCACAUUAUUUCCUUUGCUCAGCAAAGUCCUCACACUUCAUCAAUGCUGCUAACUGCAAACCAAGGAAAAAACAUACCUCCACCAUCUCUUCGCCAAACAAAUCAAGCUCCAAAGCCUUGUAGGCCCCAACAUCUACCACUUUUCUCACCCCACGACCCUUACAAAGCGUCAUUUCAACCUCCAUUAACGAAUCAGGGUUUACCAAACGGACUUCAAGAUCUGCCCAUUAGCCUGCCAUCAUGUGGACAGCAUGUAAGUACAUGUCAAGCUACUUUUGAAGGAGCAAAGGUGGAAUUUGCUGGUGUUGCUGGAUACACUCACAGCCAUGCCUCAUCCACUUCUCAGGAGCAGCGUCAGUGGAUACCUUCAUCACACUGCAGGGGAGCUGUAAAUGAGUCUGUCUCUGAUGCAGCUGCUCAUCUUAACAAAGAGCCAUCGCAAGAAGGGAACACUACUCCACCGACCAGCAAUGAGAGACGGCGUUCGGUACUUUUACAUCAGCGUGCACAACUGCUUCAACAACUGGCAGAGUUGGAUGAACUACUGGAAUCAAUACCUCCAGAUGACAGCAGUGAUGGGCAGUCUCCACACACAGCUAUUCAGUCUCCAUCAAUGGAUAAAUUGUCCCAAUGUGAACAAAAUAAGACCAGUGAUGCACAGCAAAGUCAGCUGUUUACAGAAAAGUCAAAGUCACAGUCGCAUCUUUCAGCGAAUUGUUUAUCACCUGCAUCCUAUGAUGAACAGAGCGAGAACUGGGAUGCACCAGAGGAUCCAAUGUCAGCAGCAGAAUCAGUGAAGAAAGAAAAUACCUCAGCCGAGUCAGAGGAUGACAGUGAUCCUACUUACUUACCUAACAGUGAUGGUGACUGGUAUGACCCUGACAGGGGCUCUUCAGAUGAAUCCAUUCACAGCAGUCCCUCGACCCCAACAGACAAAAUACCUUCUCUCCCAAGAAAAAAAAGGGCAAAAUCGGGAAGUUCUUCUUUUAAGGCCAAACGUGUCAGUCCUCCAAAAAAGACAUGUGCAACUAAUCGGAAGAAGUCUUCUGAAACUGUAGUGUUGCCAUGUUCAAAUUCUAAAGCACAACGUGUUUAUGACAGGAGGAAUUAUUGUGUUUUUUGCUCUAAGCCAAUAUCCAAAAUGGCACGACAUCUUGAGACGGUCCACAGUGACAAAACAGAGGUUGCAGCUGCCUUUCAGUAUCCCAAAAAUUCCAGAGAAAGACAAAAGAUAUGGAAUAGACUAACAAAUCAAGGAAACUUUGCUCAUAAUAAAAAAGUCUUGAGAACAGGGAAGGGCCAACUUGCUGUCCGAAAAAGGCCGAGCCAAACUGGAAAAGCUAAAGACUUUCUUCAUUGUCUUUACUGUCGAGGUCUUUAUGUGAGGAAAGCGUUGCACAGGCACAUGAGGUUGUGCCCAGAGAAAGUGAGGAAUGAAAAUGAAUCAAAGAUUGGAAGAAAGCUUAUCGCAUCGCGGUGUGUGCUUGAAACUUCAGACGACCUUGGCAUAACCGAUGGUUUUAAGAGCGUUCUGUCCCAGAUGACAUACGAUGAUGUGACACAAGCUGUCUUGGAUGACGAGGUUAUCUUGCAGUUUGGUGAGCUUCUGUUUAAUAAGCACGGAUCCGAUCCGAAGAAGCAUGAUUAUAUAAGACAAAACCUUCGUCAGAUAGCAAGACUUGUACUCGAAGCUCAAAAGAUAACCCCUCUGAAGAAACUGGAGGACUUCUUUCUCCCCUCAAGCUUUCCACAUGUGGUGUCUGCAGUGAACAUCCUGGCAGGCUACGAUCCAGAAAACAAAACGUACAGCAUUCCUUCCCUUGCCAUCAAGCUUGGCUACCACCUACAGAAGACCUGUAGUAUUGUUGAGGAUAACGCAGUGAAGUGUGGUGAUGAAAGUUUGGCAGAGUCUGCACGAAACUUUCUCUCUGUGUACCAGAAAAAAUGGAACAAGCUCAUUUCUGCGGGUGCAUUAACAACACUCAAAGAAACAAAAUUGAACACAGAAAAGAAGGUGCCAUUUGCUCAAGAUGUAAAGCGCCUGAACUUCCACUUGGAGAAUGUUCAUCAUCUUGCUGAGAAAAAACUCAGAGAGAGCCCUUCUGCAGAAAACUACGCUGCUCUGGCCAAGGUAAUACUCGCUCGAACAAUACUUUUCAACAGGAGAAGAGCCGGAGAGGUAUCGUCAGUGCAGCUAACAGCUUUUAUGUCACGGAAAACAUCAAACCUGCAUGUUGGCAUGGACAUAUCUGUCUCAGAUUUGGAAAGAACCAUGUGUGGGUUCUUCACUAGAGUUGACAUACGAGGGAAGUGUGGGAGAAUGGUCCCCGUUUUACUAAAACCAUCAUUCGUGUCGGCUAUGGAGCUUCUCAUAGACAUUCGCGAGACAUGUGGAGUCCCCAGUAAGAAUCCCUUCCUGUUUGGCCGACCAAAUGCGCUGUCUGCCUAUAAUGGGUCAGAGUGCAUCCAAAAAUAUGUCAGAAAAUGUGGAGCUAAAGACCCUGAAACACUGACAUUGCCAAAGAUCCGGAAGCAUUACGCAACAAUGCUACAGAUGAUGAACCUGGAUGAAAAUGAGGCCGACCAAAUUUUAGGCCCUAAUAAUCAAGUCCAAACCCUGCGACAGGACAGCAACAUGACACUGGAUGACGUCGAAAUGGACUCUUAUGAGAGAGGACAACAAACUGCAUCAUGGGAUAACAAUGAGCAUUCCAGUGCAUGCCACGGACCGGCAGAGUUUCAUCAUGAACAAGCACAUGGAGCAACAACAGACGGCAACAUGACUGUACCUGAAAAAUCUGUCAACUCAGGCAAAAAAGGCUCCCAAAUUAAGGGUAAACAGAAAUGGGAGGAAGAAGAAGUUCUUGCUGUUGAAAGACACAUGAUGCCUUUAAUUCAAGGACACAAGGUGCCUCAGAAAAAUGACUGCAUUCAGUGCCUUGAGGCUGAGCCAGAAGCACUGAGGUACCGUUCAUGGAAAGGUGUAAAGGACUACGUCAGAAACAGGAUCACUGCCCUGAAAAGACAAAGCGGAACUUCCCAAGCUACAUCCACAAACAGUCACUGGCCUGGGCAAGUGGAACCACAGCAGAGUACUGGACAUUUUCAGCAGUUAUAAAUGUGAUAUUUUGUCGAAGACAAAAUGUGUUUUUUGUGCAACUUUUCUCUCCAUUUUCUUAUCCUCCACCACCCUCUGUUCCUCUUUGUCUUUCAUUCAUUCAGUCUCCAUCUCUGUCUUUUAGGCAACAUUGUGAGUUUCCAUCUAUUAGGAUGAAGAAUAGACUGAUAUUUCAUCCUUUUUUUAUUUUUAUGGUUUAUGGCUUGCAGUUAUUCUCAGUCAUCACUCUUACUUUGUAUGAUUACAGUAUAUCUUUCAAUGUGGGUUUGUUUAAUUUAAUCAAGUUCAUUUGCAAAGGGACAGCUCAUACAGCUCAGAUGAAUGAUGUGUUAUACAAGUUUAGCUUAUAGCUUAAGUUUUUGGAGCUGCAAGUUAACUUCUGACCAAAUUAUCUGAUAUACUGUAUUUUGUUAUUCUGUUUGGUGCACUGGUAUACUGUAUUUUGUUCGACUUUGUAUAACAAUUUACCAUCAUUAAAGUGCCAAGAAUAA